UGUGUGCAAGCGUGUUUGCACUGUGAAAAACAAAGUGCUUGGGACAUUCAUAUCAGUGAAACCGCUGUGUGAGUAUUGCGAGUAUUCCCGAAUUUGGAAAACGCCAACCUCUUCUGGAAAGCACACCAGCUGGGAACUUGCAGCAGUGUACAUCAGUGGAGCCUCUUUCUUCAAACUUCAAAGGGUAAAUGAGUGAAUAAGUAAAUAAUAAUUUGCCCCAUUGUUGAACAUGGCAUAUGUUUUACAUUAUCAAGUCUUUUUUUUUUUUUUUCAUCAGGUGUUCAAGGCAAUGCAUCUGCAGAUUUUUCUGUAUGAUACCUUUCGUCGGCAUGCCAGAAUGUUUAUAGAGCCAGCUAUUGUCCAUAAAUGGAACCAUUCCCAAGAUGUGAUGCUGCAGAAGCUCAGCGAAGAAAGUAAAGUAAUACUUGGUGGCGACAUGAGGGCUGAUUCUCCAGGGCACUGUGCACAAUUUGGGAGCUACACCAUGAUGGACAUCAACACCAAAACUAUUGUCAAUCUCCAGUUGGUUCAGAGCAAUGAGGUUAGAGGAAGCUCCCAUAUGGAGAAGGAAGGCCUGAAGAGGAGCCUGGCAUUGUUGGAUGCACGUGGUGUAACCAUCGAUAGCAUCGUCACUGACCAUCAUCCACAAAUCCAGAAAUAUCUGAGGGACAACACUCAAUUUUAUGACGUCUGGCACAUGGAGAAUGGAAUUACAAAGCAACUACAUAAAAUUAGCAAAACCAAGGACUGCCAGAAAGUAAAGACGUGGAUGCGAGCCAUCAGAAACCACAUCUAUUGGACGGCGGCAUCGUCAAUAACCGGGCCGGAGAGAGUGGCAAAAUGGACCUCCCUCCUGAACCAUGUUCAGGAUAUUCAUACUCAUGAUGACCCCCUCUUCCCAAAAUGUCUACAUCCAAUUGGUUUGACUAUAUUGAUUAGCUGCAAGUCCAGUCAUUACCAAUAAGUAGGAUAUAAUGCAUGAUAUUUUUGUCUUUCAGCAACUCCUGCAUUCUACAAGCUGGAGAAGGCGCUGACCAAGAAGACAGUCCUGAGGGAUAUAGCAAAGCUCAGUCCCCACCACCAGACGUCCUCUUUGGAGGCAUUCCACGCCGUGAUCCUGCGGUUCGCUCCUAAAAAUGUGGUCUAUCCAUUUCUAGGAAUGUUGUGCAGGUAAAUUAAGCUGCGAUUACUUGUUGUGAACAUUUGCCCAUUUCUUGCAAUUAUUUUCAUGUUUGAUUUUUCUUUUUAAUGUCAGACUCUACCUGGCUGCACUGCAUUACAAUGAUAAUUCUGAUAGAGGACAAGCCACUACGUCAUCAGGGGAUCUAAUGUUCAGACUGACCUUUCUAAGGCCAGGAAGGGAGUAUGCAGAGCCAAACCAGUGAAGACUGAGGCGACAUUCCGUAAGUGUCAACUUUAUUUUUUACUCAGAAAAUGAACAUUUAUAUUGAACAUGAGACAAAGUACUGCAACUCGGGUACUUCCAACACAAUAAAUGAACAAAUAAAUACACAUAAAUACCUCAAAAUAUACCAAAUAUUCAAAGUGCAAAAUUUCAAUGCAUGAACAGUUAAUCAAUGAAUA